AUGAAUCCCCCCAACCCACAAGACCAAGGGCAAGGCGACUUGUACCUCACCGAGCAGUGCUACGGUAAUAGUACGGGCGAUGACUGCCUCUUCGACAGCUUAGCUUUUGAUUCGGAUCCAUUUGGCGAUGUACAAUUAGAUCAUCUGGAGGCGAUCGGGCUGGGCCCACAGAGUCUCUUGACGUUCGACGCACCGCAGGCGACCUUGAAUCCAACGUUUCUUGAGGCAGACCAACCAUGGCCAUACCACGAGGGGAACUCUGCUGACUUCGUGCUGGAUGAACACCCUCCGCUGCCCGAGGUUGCCGGUCCGUCUUCGCAGACGCAGCAUGGUUUCACGGACGUCUGGCAGUGGCUGGAGGGCGCAGAGCAACCGCCUCAUCCCUGCAGCCACUGCAAGAGUAAGCGGCUGCAGUGUAUUAUCCUUCAAAAGUCCGCCGUAAACCCAAACCCUCUCAGAUCCUGCACCACGUGCGUUGCAUUGUACCGAGAGUGCAGUUUGGCCAAGGGGCAGAAACGCCCUCCCUCCGUCUUUGAGACUCAGUUACCAGUGUACAAACAGCUACAUGGUGUACCAGAGCAAGAAGAGUCCGGGGAGAGGCAUCAACCACAGCCAGAGCACCCAAUCCCAGAUGAGGAUGGACAGAGGAGCUCAAAACACUUUGUCAGAAAGGGAGCCAGAGUAUUGAAAGAAUGGUUUGAACGACACGAGGACCACCCUUAUCCGUCUGAAAUGGAAAGGAUCGCUCUUGAACAAGAAACGGGUUUCUCGCAGAAGCGGAUAUCAACAUGGUUCUCAAAUGCUCGACGACGACAAAAGCAGCGCAUCCAGCCCGUCAUCCGAGCCAAAUCUCCCCGGCCCUUUGACAAAGACUCCGAAGCAUACAACAGCGCGCUCGGCCUCACGCCUUUCGAGAGGUGGCAAGCUUCGCCGCCGGAUGAGGAGCCGAUCCCUGAGUCUGUCAUUCGCGAUGCUCUCGGGUCUUUGAAAGAUGACAGUUUCUUCAAGGAUGAUUCAUUCGGGGAUAAUAUCUCGCCUAGGGAUAAGUUCACCGCGGAUGAUGUUGUCUCUCGCCACCACUCCGUUUCAAGCAUCGACAGCGGGUCGCACAUAACUUCAGCAAGCUCCUCGUCCGUCUGGAGCUGUCAGUCAUCCAGAGACGGCAACUUUGCGUACCCAGUUGCUUCAGCCAGACGCCGACGCCGUGCCAGUCUAAAGCACGAGAGACGAGACAAAGAAGAUGGGAUCCUAAGGUUCCAAUGUACAUUCUGUCCUAAAUCAUUCAAGAAGAAGCAUGAUUGGGUGCGCCAUGAAAAGACAAUACACCUCCCCCAAGAUUCCUGGAUAUGCACGCCCGACCUGAACAGUCUUCAGCAACGCAUGGUCGCGGGCCUAGACUGUCCCUUCUGCGAUGCGCAAAACUCUGGGCCAGAUCACUGGGAGGAACACGAGUUUCACAUCUGCGCAAUGAAGCCAUCCUCAGAGCGGCUCUUCACUCGGAAAGACCAUCUCUGGCAGCAUCUACGCAAGUUUCACGGAUGGAGCAAGGGCCUGCCAGCAGACCUGGACAAGUGGCAGUUCUCAGAGGGCAGCGUCGAGAGCCGGUGCGGGUUCUGCGGGUGCGCCAUGUCGGACUGGACUGAGCGAGCCUCGCACCUCGCGAAUCACUUCAAGAAUGGGAUGCGCAUGGCUCAGUGGGAAGGGGAUUGGGGCUUGAACGAGUCGGCCUUGUCUCUCCUUCGCGGUGCGGUUCCGCCCGCUCAACGAGCCACACCAAAUCCAAUUCUACGCCCGACGUCUUAG